GAUGAUGUAUGGUAUAAUUUCAUUGGCGGCCCUCCUGCUGCUUGUCGGUAGCGCACAGUCGCAGGAGGAAUGCAUCGCAGAGUGCGCUAAGGCUUACACCGAUCACAAGGCUGUCAGGGAGGAGUGCUACAACGGUUGCGUGAAAUCGUACAAAAAUCAGUCCGAUAAAGCAGCAUGCUCGUUCGGCUGCGAUAAACAGCCUGAUAUGAAGAAGGUGCGUGUUUCGAUAACGAACAAAAGUCCGACAUUCCAAGUGGCCCGUGGAGCGAUGGAGAAAAUGAUGCACCGUAUCACCAAUGCAUUCCCGUCAUUCGGUUUGGGCUCGUCCGCUGAAGACGAUCGCGGUUUGGGCCUCUGGGAGGAUCCGUUCGCCGACUUGCAUAUGCGCAUGCAAAAUGAAAUGGCACGAUUCCAGCAGAUCGCUCGAAAUAUGUUCAAUCUGCAACAGCAUGACCAACGCACCAUCAUGCCAAUGAUUGCCGUGAACAGACCCGAAGGGCAUGAACAAACCGCUCUGCAAGGACCUGGCGUUGGUAAUCAGGAUAAGAGUGGCGAGCGCAUCAUCAAGGCACAGCCAGUAGACGUAAAAAGCAAGGCGGAGCCACUGCUGGGGCACCAGGGUGAAAAUCCGACCGUCGUCGAAGUUUCGGAACCGUCGCUUCUUUCUCGGCUGGCUUCCCGUGCUCGGCGUCUUUCGCUGUUGAGUCAAUGGCUUGUCUGUGUGGCACUUUUCCUUUGUCUCGUCUCAAUGCUCUCAAUCUCAAUUGCAAUUCUGAAGCAGAUCAAGGCACAGCGAUAUCACAAUCUCCGAGUAAGAAAAACUUAUUUCAUCAAAACUUUUAUGCGUUUCUCAUUAGCGUAAGC